AUGGAGGCAAUAAAUUCCCAGAAUUCUAAUACUACCAUUGAUGAAGACAAUAUCAACAAGUUACCAGAUUUGUUAAUUCAUCACAUCCUCUCUUUCGUUAAGGUGAAACAAGCUUUCCAGACCUGUAUAUUGUCAAAGAGAUGGAGAUAUAUUUGGACUUCUCUUCCCUUUAUGAAUUUUGAUAUAUCUGAUCUACCACAACAAUCGUAUCGUUGUCAUUAUCAUUUAGACCGUCUUGUCGACAACGUAUUAAGUCUCCGUGAUAACAGAUGUUUUGAUAUGCGACGAUUUCAUCUUAUUGGUGGGUAUGCAGCUAUUAAGUCUAUCAGUCAUCUUCAUAGAUGGAUAAUCAGUGUCGCUAGAUCUAAUGUUGAAGAUAUAUAUGUCCAGUUUAAUGGCUCGUAUAAUAAUAACGAUCGCGAAUUUCGGGUUCCAGAUUGUGUCUUUACUUGUAAGUCAUUGACAAAAUUGGAACUAGAUUUGUCGAUGUCCUGUAAGAUUAUCCUGCCGAAUUUUAUAUCAUUACCUCGCCUCAGAUAUCUAAAACUUAAUAACCCAUCGUUUGAUCAUGAUGCGUUAACCAAGUUAUGUACCAAUUUUCCUCUUUUGGAACACCUGGAUUCAAGUGGCAUUAGUAGUUAUGAACCUUUAAACAUCAAUAUAUCUUCUCAUACACUAAAACACUUGAGUUUAGGUGUGGCUAAUAGUAGUGCACCUUUAAACAUCACCAUAUCCUCUCUUUCACUGAAGCACUUUGAAGUACAUAUCGGUUAUCAUAAUUCAAUUCAUAAUACAUUGAGGUUAUGUGCUGCAAACCUCGUCUAUUUGGUUUUAUCAAAUUUAGACUAUAUGUUGCUCGAGGAUGUUUCUUCUCUGGUCACGGCUGAUGUUGGCGUACAAUUAAAACCACGAAAGCUAAAUGCCAAGUUUUGGAGGAUACAUGCUCCAGAUACUUUAAAAUCUCUAAAAUCACUUCAUAAUGUGAAAGAUCUAACAAUAUCAUUGCAACCACUCAAGGAUGUUAUAAGAGUUCAGGAACUGUUACAAGAGCAACCUUUUGAGUUUUCUAAUCUGCAACGUCUUAAGCUGCAAAAUAUAAGUCACUCAACAGAUUCUAUGCAUGCCAUAGCCUCCUUAGUCAAGAUAUCUCCUAUUAUCGAAUCCAUCAAAUUGGAACUUUGUCAGGACGUGGAAACCAGUUACAAUUACAAUUACAGUGACACUGACGCGGAACAGGAGAUGGAGUCAGAUCCUCAUACUGGUGAGGCAACUGUCGAUUUAGAAGGGUUGUUGGCCGACACCAUGAAACAAUUGAAGUCUGUCGAGAUUAAUGGUCUACAAGGAAGUGACAAUGAACUGGAGUUUAUUCAAAUUCUGAUGAAGAAUGCCAUGGUCUUGAAGAAAAUGGUCUUGAGGACCCAAUUAUAUAGAUCCAGAAUUGAGAAGUUUUGUGAGGAGGAAUAG